GUCAUGUGCGCAAUUGAAUGCGCAAUGGUCUUAGUAAUGGCGGUGGGGAAGGGGAUGUCCUCUCCCGACCUGCUUAUCAGACAUCUACGAUGUAUAUCUACUUUUGACAUAAUGACGUGAAAAUACUUCUGCGGGAUUGUAAAAGAGCAUCAUCCUUGCCACCAUGGCGGCGAAAAAGGUGAAAUCUGGCUACGAUGGAAAGAUAGCCGGUCUGUAUGACCUAGAGGACACCAUCGGCCGAGGCCAUUUUGCUGUGGUAAAGCUUGCAAGGCAUGUUUUUACUGGUGAAAAAGUGGCUGUUAAAGUCAUCGACAAAACCAAACUGGACGAAGUGUCGAGGUCCCAUCUGUUCCAGGAAGUUCGGUGCAUGAAACUUGUACAGCAUCCAAAUGUUGUGCGGCUGUACGAAGUGAUCGACACCCAAACAAAACUUUACCUGAUCUUGGAACUAGGGGAUGGGGGCGACAUGUACGAUUAUAUUAUGAAGCACACGGGAGGUCUAGAAGAAAAACUUGCUAAGCGAUAUUUCCGACAAAUUGUUGAGGCAAUUUCAUACUGCCACAAACUUCAUGUUGUUCACAGAGAUCUAAAACCGGAGAAUGUUGUGUUCUUUGAAAAGCUAGGGUUAGUCAAAUUGACAGACUUCGGCUUCAGCAACAUGUUUGCCCCAGGUAAAAAGCUGGAGACUUCUUGUGGCUCACUGGCAUAUUCUGCUCCAGAAAUUCUUCUUGGGGAUUCUUACGAUGCCCCUGCAGUUGAUGUAUGGAGUUUGGGUGUCAUUCUGUUCAUGCUUGUGGUGGGUUCUCCCCCUUUCCAGGAAGCCAAUGAUAGUGAGACCCUAACAAUGAUUAUGGAUUGCAAAUACCGUGUUCCUUCACAUAUUUCAGAUAGCUGUCGUGGCUUGAUCAGCAGUAUGCUGCAGCGAGACCCUGCACACAGAGCAACACUAUCACAGAUAAUGGAUCAUUCCUGGCUGAAUGAUGGUGAUAUGACCCCUGUUGUCUCUUCUUGCAUGCCUCUCAUCACAAGAGAAAUGAUUAGUGAGGAAGAACAGAACUACAUUGUUCAAAAAAUGGUCGAGGGGAAGAUUGCAACCCAUGAAGAAAUUAUGCUGUCUUUGGAAAAAAACUCUUAUGAUCACAUCACAGCAACUUAUUACCUUCUGAUUGAACGUCGCUUGCGGAAGCACCAGCAGCAACAGGAUCAACUUCUACAUUCUAGCUCCAGUGGUUUGCUUCGCAAGCAGUCAGAGCCAUCUCCUUCUCGACAAGCUAAGCCUCACCUGGAACCUUUGAUGUUGUCACCACGCAAGCAGAAAGAUAUAAAGAAGACCAAGACGGCACCAGUACCGCCUUUGAUCAGCCGUCCUACUGCCAAGUUUGAGCCCCCAUCUAUCAUGGUGUCCCCACCAGUCGAGGAGAUUUCCACAAGCCCUUCUCCUUACUUCAUGAAAACACUUACCAUAAGCAUGACUUUGGAUCGAAAGAAGAGAUCGAAGAAAACUCAGCCUUUACCUGGUUCCAUCAGUCCAAGAACCUUCCAGCGAAAGUUGCCAUCUGGUUUGCCAAACAAAGAGCAGGGAGCCAUAUCCCCAUCAGCUGAAAAUAAAGACUUGAGAUCACAGUCUGGUAAAAAAGAGAAAGUGCAGCCCAUUUCUAAAAUUGCAGUACUCAGUUCAUUUUUUGAACGGAAGGCGAAACAGGCAUCAGGACCGAAAGAUGUUCAGGGCAAGUUCAACUUUGCGUGGUUGACUGGACGCAACCAACGACCAAAGCUAGUACAAGGGUCAGGUGCAGAGACCAUGGGUAUAGGAACAUCGCAGUAUGUACAGUCUUUGGUCUCUCCACCAGGCACGCACCCCUCUACCUCAUCAACAGCAACACGUCAGACUUUGACCGCUCCUUCUCCUUUAGAGGCAACCACACACCUCGUGGCCCCAGCCGUGCUGCCUGCUCGAAAGUGCAGCCUCAUCAAGGAGGAGUCUCUGGAGGAGUACGAUGAUUAUGAUUAUGAUGAUGAUGACUGUGAUAUGGAUACUGCAGUCAUUAAGCCUGUCAAGUCGUUAGAGUCACUGGACGAUCUGCCGCAAUCUUCCCUUGUCCCCCUUUUGCAGCCCCAUGCCUCAACCAGCCCUUCUGAGUCUGCAAACACGCGUCGGCCUCUGAAGUCUGUGUGUAGCUCACCUCAGCUAUUGAAUCAGAUCCAUGAGGAAAACGAGUCCGAAGACGAAGAUGACUUUGUUCCACUAAAGCUGUCAACCCCACGGCGCUUUAGUCACGGAAAUAAUCAUGAAAACAGCUCGGCUUCUCCCGAAAUUCUUCGUAAAUAUGAGCAGAGAAAGAAGCGAAGGGGCACAGGCCAGAGAGGCACAAGCUGCAGCUCGUCAGAUGCCAGUGAUACAGAUGAUACAGAGGGCCGCUCCAGGAAGGACAAGCUCCGUCACAAGUUUGUGCACCGCCGAGACUCCAGUGACCAUUCCAGUGACACUGAUGGCCCAGGUGGCAAUAUAGGGGGCAACAGUCACUUCAGCAGCGGUGGAAGUGGAACUUCAGGGGGGUCUAACAAGGGUGGGGGUGGAAGGGGUGGGGGUGGUAGCAGCAGUGACAAAAAGGAAAACGAGAGCAAAAGUAACAACAACAACUCCAAAAGCAACAACAACAAGAAUUGCAGACAGCACAACAGUGGUAGCUCCAAAGGGUCUCUGACAGAUGCCAGCCUGAAACUCCUGACGCGCAAGCUGAGUGACAUAGGCACAGGUGUCGGGGCGUUGCUGACAGACUGUCGUGGCAGUGACUGUGAUAACAACUCCAUGCUCAACAAGUCGGCUCCUUCUCCUGCUGUCAUCUCCGGUUCUGGAAGCCUGCACCGCCACAGCCGCAGCACCAGCACCAGGAGCAGCGGCUCUGUGCGAAGCAUCGCGGCCUCUGAUCUGGACGUGUCUCGCAAUAAUGAAAAAAAUGCUGUUUGGUCCUCACCAGGCACCAGAUCCCCCGUGCAAUAUUUGGGACAGACGGACAUGGAUUUGGUCUGUGGUCACCGUCAGUCCUUGGAGUUCAGUGAGAUUUCCAACUACUAUGCUGAUGCAGAUUCUUUAUGUUCAGUAGACUUGCCACCCAACAGAAACCAAAAGGUUCGUGUAUCGUGCCAGAGCAAGAACGUAGCCACAGUGAGGAACAGUGUGACCCAUCCUGGAUGUUGUAAACCAGCUCCCAAUGGAGUACCUGUGGUACCGGUAAAGUCAAAAUGUUGCUCUGUGGUAUGACUUAACUGGCUAGGUAGAUAUUACUAAUCUUUGGCAUGCUAAAAUAAAUCUUGCUCACGACCGGGAUAUUUCAUUGUGACUGUGUUGUAGAACACAGCCUUGUGUUGUUUUUCUUUGUUAUUAUUUCAGUGUUAUUUCCCUUUCCCAAGCAAGGAACAGGUUGUUUUAGCUUGUGGGUUGUCCAAGAAAGCUGUGAGGGAAGACUUGAAGAAAGAAAAAAAGAAAGUGCAGAGAAGAAGAAUAUAAAGACUGAGCUUGGCUGUUUAUGAGAUUCUGAUCUCUGUGGACAUUGUGCUUUGGGGUCAGUAGGCAUGGCUAGUCUAGAGGUGAAGCAGUGUGUGGUCCAUCAUGCCCAGUAGUGUAAAAACCUUCAAGUUCAUUGCAGAUUGCCAAUAGUUCCAUGUCUUGCGUUUGGCCAACAACUUAAUAAGACACUUCCUGGGACUGCAGCUGUGAGGCAGGGGCAAAGCAACCUUAAGAGUAGCUGGAUUCCUUGAGUCUGUAACUGCAGCCUGUGGGGUCACAUCUGUGGUUUUUACAGGCUCACUUUGGCUGUACUUAUGGACCAGAGGUAGUAAAGCUGCUUUUAAGACCACUGUGCAUGUCCAGACCUUGCCUACUGCCCCCAGUGGUGUUUCUUUCAUCUGUAAGCUCGAUUGCAUAGCUUACUUGUACUAUUGACUUUGCUAAGGUGGCUUAAGAAACUUUAUUUUCUUUACAUUAGUUUAAAGUUCUUUUUCAGUUUUUUUUUAAGACUUUCUCUUCGACAUAUGAUGGGUGUGUAAUGAUCUCUGUAAGCUGAGAAUGGAUAGAAUAAAAGAUAUUAUUGAUGUUCAGUUACUGGCUUCAAAACUUGAAGUGAGAUCUAGUCAUUCUUGAUCCCAUGUACCAUGCCUCUGCUACAGUACAGCUCCAUAAGUGUUUUAGUGAAUUAACUUUCUCUUUAUCAGUUGUAGUUCACAGGCUUCGAAGUUAAAUGCUUAAUGAAUAUCGUGUAUUGGAAAUUAGACAAAAGGAAUUGGAAGACAGGUUACUGAUUGAUCUAGAUCAGCUGCACGGAGUCGAUUGUUUCCACUUGUGUAGGGGAGAUGGUGUUAAAUUGCUUGCUAUGGUUUCCUGUGAAGAUAAGAAUGUGCAUAAAAUUAUUUAUAAAUUAUUUAUACAUGUACUUGCACAGUGGUGACAGAUCAGUUGACUUGAUUUAUGAUAUCAAAGAAAAUACUACUCCAUAGGUAAAUAUCUAGAAACGCCAUUUUCAUUGAUAGUAACUUUAUGAAUGCAAACUUUAUGUUGGUUUAUGUCUACAUAUGUAACAUUUAUGUACUAUGUAGGCAUCAGUUAUUAUCGUGAAUGUAAUCUUUUGUUUUCCUUUAGUUUAUAUUUUUUAAUACUGAAGAAUACUGCAUGUUUGUAUGGCAAGAGCUAAGAAACAAACUGUGACAAAAGUGAGAAGAUUUAAAAGACUUUAAGAUUCGGCAGCAGAGGAAGAUCAUGUUGUCUGGUGUAUAGUCGUUUUUGUUUUCUGGUGGACUUAGGCACUAAAUGGUUUGUGAGAGAAAAAAAAGUAAGCCCUUGAGAAAGUGAGGGGCAGGGAGUCACAGAAAUGAUAGGGACAAAAAUGGAUAUUGAGCAUAUGAACACUGGUUCUUAGUUUAUUAAACAUGAACACCCGAACUCCCUUUUCCCCAACUUAUCUGCCCCAAGCCCAGGCCCCAGCAGAAAAAAAAAAAUCCCUUUGUUUAAAAUCAUGGUUCAUCCUGGCAUGAAGCACGAAUCAUGUCUCCUAUUAUUUUUAGCCAGCAACCCAAGAGGGACAGAUUUUUACCUGGUCUCUGAGCUAGGUAGUCCAAAAGCCCUUGUUGUCUGGCUUUGUCCCUGAUGGUUGAAUCCAUAUCAUGCAUGUUGGUUUGGUGCAUGUGAAAAGUUCACCAUAAAGACUGUUACCUUAUAAUAAUUGCCAUACUUAUAGCUUGGAAUUCCAGCAUGUGAUGAGGUUUUCUAUGUCCCACAUUAUUAGGCUAGACGUAAGGAUCAGAAAAAUAGAAGUUGAUUGCUCUCUCAAAAAAAACACAGGCCAUUUGCUUGUCUGGUAGAUGAUUGGUGAACAAUGUGAAAUAUUGAAAGUGUUACUCAGAACAUAAAGCCAAUGCAGGUUUGAUUUGGGUUUUUUGGGGGGGUAGGGGUGGGGUACUAGGAAAAUCUUAUCAUUGAUAGUUUAAGUGCAACUCAUUAUAGUAUUCCUUUUCUCUACAGUCUACUCACACUAAGUGUCUAAAUAAGAGCCAUUUGCUUAAAGAAUAAAGACCACAAAUCUUUGUAAUAGUUGUAGAUUAAGACAACCUUGUUACACUUUGCUGUUGUAGACAAUCAUAGAAAUGUUGAUAUUUACAAUGGGUAAAAGACUGAAAGCUAAUGUUAUUGGGUGGUCUUUUCAAGCUGUUGUGGUUUAUUCUUUAGUUCAGUUUUUACCUUCGUGGGUCUUUAUAAUGGUUUAAGGUUUGGGGUCUUUAUAAUAGCUUAUGGUCCAUUCUUGCUAUCACAAGACCCAGCCAUAAUACAAACAGAACUGAUGAGUCGAUUGUGUGAUUUGGGUGGGAUGGGGGAGUGGAAUUAAGAAUAAAUGGCCUUAGCUGGCUCAUCUUGUAAAAUGAAGCUUUACCAGCAUCAUUACUGACAAUGUGACAAGUUUUGUUAUGAUUUAUUAUCGAACUGAUAAUCAAGCAUAUUUGUCCAUGCAAGUUCCUGUUCUAUUUCCUUUUUACUCCCUUGUUUUUCGUUUUGGCUAUUUUUAUACUACCUCGUGGCUUCUUAAGUAUUAGAUCAAUGUGCACUGCCAUAUCAAAAAACUUUUCAUUUCCAUUUUAUCAAAUAAUUGGGACUAGGGUGUUGAUCAAGUUCUCCAUCAAAACAUUUGGACUAAAUGUCUUUAAUCAAGUAUACUGCAUUAAAGUAGAUGAACUGAAGUCAUAGCUUUAAGGCGAGUAUAAGUGUGCUGUUAUGAGGAACUGUAGUUGCUCUGUAGCUGUAACUUAAAAAGUAACUUCCCUUAUUUUCUCAUUUUGGGAAAAAAAGUCAUUUGUAUAUGAAAAAAUUAGUACAAGAGAUUUCUUAAUAGUUUGAGUACAUUGGGGGUGGGGAGGUGUGCGUGUUGCACAAGUAAACUUAAAUAUGUGGGGGUGGCUAAAAGCAGUCAUUGACCUAUAGCUGUAAUCCGAAGCAGGUAUGUCUUUUAAUUCUGUGCCAAGAAACAGUACGUUGGCUGGCAGUUCUUUUUCUCUGCCAGAAUAAUUGGAUCUUUCUUUGAAGAUGCAUUGGCGUUGAAAGAUACUGUACGUGUUAACUUGUUGCUUAUGUCUUGGAGGAUGUUGGGCAUCAACAUUUUUGCAAAACAUUUCUGAGCACAUAAAGGACAGAUAGCACAGCUUUUUUGGUAUGAGGGUGGAGAAUGAUUAGGCUAAAGUUAAUGAAAGCAGUGUAGUCUGCUAUCUCUGUUAAUUUUUUUUUAAUAACCAUUAAAUGCUUGCACAACCAUGUAGUGUUGGAUUUAAUGCAGCAAAUCACAAUCAAGAGAUGUGAGUAUAUAGGAAAAUAAUAGAAAAUUAAUUAAUGCUCAAAAAGUGAAACAAAGGCCAGAUUUUUCCCUUCCACUUUUCUUUUAAAGGCAAAUGGGCUUUUUUAUUGACUUUGCGAAAAACGCUCUUUUUUUUUUUUUCUUUGCCUGUUCAUAAAUAAGCAGGCAUCAUAAAUUCAUAAAUUUUUCUCCUGUAGAGUAUGUUUAACUUUAAUGCCAUUUCUAAGGCAUAAAUGUGUGGAAGGUUAUAUCUCUAAAAUGCAGUGCACUCCAAUCAUAUGCAUGCCACCCGACCAAAAUGUAAUGUUUCGUAGCCAGGGCAUAUUUCAUGAUGAGCUUGCUGCAUCACUUUGAGAGUUGACCAGAUGUGUAUUAUGCUUAUAAACAAAGAAUGCUGUUUCGUCCAGCAACAAGUCUGUCAUUGUUCCAUUAUCAACAUCCGGACUUUGUUAGUUGUGAAUACUAGAUAUUCCUAAGCUAAAACUUUAGGACAUUUUUGCCUCAACUUGGAGACAUUCUUUGCCUAGCAUAUAUGUAUUUAGGAUGUUUAAAUGAGCUGGCAGUUUUAUUGGUCCUGUUCUGUAAAUGUUCUGCUUGCAAAAUUUUAGCCUGUAACCCUGCUUUUGUUCAUAGAUCUUAUAAUUUUUAAUGUGCUGUUUCACAUAAUACAUUUUUAAAAGUAGGUGUGUAUCACAUUAUAGGACACACUGGCUGGCAUCUACUAACCAGUCGUCAUCCAUACCUUAUUGAUUAGGACACAGAAAAGGUAUGAAAUCUCAGAUUAGCCAGAAAUGUUUUGUAUACCUCUCUUAAAUCUGUUUCCAAUAUGGAUGUUACAUGGACUUGAGUUGCAGUGUAGGAAGUUUUUCUCGCAAAUAUUUUAGUAAAUAGCUUUCAAAUGCUCAAGAUUGUUGAACCAUAAAUAUAGAGGUUCACGUGUUUUUAAAGUUCCUUGUAAACUGGGUUAACUUGUGCUUUAUUUAAAUAAUGUCCAUUAUGGUUUUGACAUCUUGCAGAUGGGUGUCAGUUUGUGUUUUUGUCUGCAGGCCUGCUUUUUGGUGUAGACAUUGGUCUUUCAUCAUCAUCUUUAAAAGAAAGCUGAAUGUUGAGUGCAAUGUUUGAACUUUAAUGAUUUUUCUGAAAAGAUUUUAUGUUGAAUAUGAUGAUAAUGAAUUUUGCAUAAAAUUAUCCUUUAUGAAACUGGAGCCUAGUACUGUAUAUUGCUUACUGAGAUGAUGUGAAUUUCAUGCUGUGCACAUAUUAUUAUUAUUCCUUUCAGCCGAAGUGCGGGCACUUCGGCAGAAGAGCAGUUCAAGGUUGUUGUUAAAAGCAGCUACCUAAACAACUGACAUGAUUGGCAGACUGUUAAUAGCAAAACGAGCUGUUGCAGAAUAAACGGCCAUUAUAUGCUGACAUUGUUACUGCAUGGUUUCCUGGUGACAUGGUUGUUUUCUUAGAGAGUAAAGAGGUCUUGGAUUUUUAUUUUUACCCUACAUUCAGGGCCACUCCCUAAAAGAGUAAUAUGUGAGUUGGUGGGGCAUCGGGAUUGGCCUGUGCUUUAUUUCUGGGGAAAUGGUGUCAGUCACUGUACAUGACUUGGAACAUAGGCAUAUUAACAUAGCGGCCAAAAUUUCAACUGAAAAUGCAUCCUGUGCUAUUGUGUAGGGUGCAGUUUGAUGUCAUCACUAACCUUUUCACUUCUGACAUAUAACAGAUGUUGCAGUGAAGAAUUUUCACCCCAGGUGGAGGCAGUACAUAAAUUAUGUAAAUGUUUCAUCAUUGCUAUGGUAACCAACCUGAUGUAGCCUCAUUGUUAAACUGUUACCUUGAUAAUGUUUUGUCAUCCAGGAAUUGCACAGUGUGUAUCUUGUAGAUCAUGUGCUCUGGCAGUUAUUACUGGUAUGCAUGUGAAGGACCCAGUUAUUUGUCAUCUUGUUAAGUCUAGCACAUAGGGCCUGUUGUUUGUCUGCAUUGGCUGGACAGUUGUGAAACAAAAAUGCACCACUGCCAUGCCCAAGUGAUGCAUUUCAGCACCAGCUCAGAGUAGCAGAUUAUCCCUCCAUUAACUCUGGUUCAUCCUCAGGCAUUCUGUGGAGUUAACUGUUUCACUUAUUGAUCUUAACACAUUUUUGGUUUUGUGAGUUGCAGUGGUGGUCAUGCUGGCUGAGUGCUGAACUCCACAUUAUUACAUUUCACUUCUUUGCUCCUCCCCUCUCCUUGCUUUUAUCCAUUGUGAGAUAGUCUGGUACAACAAACAUUGACUGUUUUACUUUUGACAUCCACUGUUUAUUCAUCCAGAAUUAUCCACAACACCAGCAAGCCUUUUGUUUUGGUCUUGUAAUUACUAAUAAAACAAAAAACAAAAACACUACACUUCCCAUUGUCUUGGGCAAAUCAUCCUGUCAUUGGGUAGAUUAGUCGUUAGGCUAUGUAGGACAUCCAUUGGCUUUUCUGGGAUUCAGUCACGUGGUUUGCUUUCUGUACUUAUUACAAGUCAGUUUACCAUGAGAAAUGGCAGUGUAUGUUUGUUAAAGUCCAGCUAACACUUUUGCUGUAUGUGUAGGUUAAUGACAAAUCUAGACUAGCUUCAGGAUCUUAACACAAUUGUAAUCCUUUUGGGGUUUUUUGGGAGGGGUUCCUGCCUUCCUGAUUAAUCUGUUGGCAGAUGCUUUUUCACAUGGUUUGGUCAGAUGAAGUAAGUUCUUAAUCAGAACAUAAUAGUUUAGACAGCUUAUAAAAGUUUGGUUACAUUGCACUGGUGAUUUUUGAAGUCCUGUACCACAGUACCUGUCAGGUAUAAUAACUCCCUUGUGGCAAAGAUGAUUUCAAUGACUAAUGUGUAUAUGUGCUUUGGUUUUGAUCUUGAUUUUAAAAUGAAAUCGGUUGUCACAUAAUUUUAUUGUAAUAUUUUGUUCCUGUUAAUUUUCCUUCCCUGCAAGCAAGCCUUCAGUAAAAAGAUAAAAAUGCA